AUGGCAGAACAGAUAGCAACUGAACUUAGAACGUUCAUGGACCAAACCAAUGAUAAGUUUGAGAAGACUAAUCAAUUAAUCCAACAAGCUAUUCAAAGUAUGAACAGCAAUAAUCAUGAGAGACCUAUCCCAAACUCAAGAAGAGACUCUCAUUCAAACCAUUCGGAGAAUGAACACUCAACUGAAAGCUCAGCCCUUAGGCCAACCAUGCCUCCAUUCCUAACAAGAGAAGAACCUAUUAUGGAAGAAAAGCCAGCAACAAGCAGUGUAGAGGAACUUGCACAAAUGUAUGCUGGAUUAGAUCUUGAAGUACAAAGACUUAUUUCUUUUAAGGAAUACUAUGAGGUCAGGAACCAAGUUAAUCCCAAUAGAAGAAAAAGACACACUGACAAAGAUCUCAAGGCGAGGAUAAGAAAAAUGUCCUUGCCCUACUUCGAUGGGUCAGAGAAAUCUACCGCCCAAUCAUGGGUCCAGAAAUUGGACACAUAUCUAUCAUUAAGUCCUAUGAUAGAAGAAAAUGCCAUCAAGUUCGCUACUCUUUUCUUAGCUGGGAUAGCACAGGAUUGGUGGCAUCUCAGCCUCAUCACCCAAGGGCAUCAAAACAUUACAACUUAUGGCGAAUUCUCUCAAAAGCUCAGCAAAAGGUUCAAUCAAAGACACCUGGAGUGGUACUUCAGAGAAUUAACACUACUCACUCAACAAGGUUCCGUAGAGGACUAUGCCAAUGAAUUCCAAAACUUCGCAGUAGUGGUACCAGAUCUCUCUCAAGGAAGGCUUACAUAUCUAUUUGUGGAAGGACACAAAGAGUCAAUCAAUAAGAUAGUAAACCCAUUGGAACGACAACGUUUGGGUGAAGCUAUACAAAGGGCCAUCAAAGUUGAAGCCAAGUACUCCAAAGAGAAACCAAAAUAUAUGUCCAAAGCUUAUCCAAAGAACCCUCGAGAGAGAGCUGAUGUUUCAGUGCAUCUUGAUACAGUUCCUGAACAUUUCCACUUUCACCCUUCCAGUCCAUUAGCAUUGUCAGAUAAUGCCGUAGCUAAUUCACAAGGAUUUUUACAAGAAAUGGAUGCUUCUGCUGGUCAAUUUUGUGAAGGAGAAAGAUCAUUAGAAAAGCACAAAUCAACAUCUAGUGAAGUUCCAAUGCACAGGACCUUAGAAGUAGCCCUGCAAGAUAAAGGUUCAGAACGAAUUUUCCAGGAGGCAAAUGCUUCUGGUGUUCAUUUUUGUCAAGGAGAUGAAUCAUUACCAACACAGAAAUCCCCAUCUAGUGAAGUUCCCAAUACACAAUUUGUGUCAACACAGAAUAAGAAAUUGAUGUCAAAUGUCUCAAGUUGUAGCACCACCUCUUUGCAUUGUCCACUUUACAAUACAGGUUUUGUAUCAGUGAGUCCCAUUGGGAGAGUCAUAAUUUCAUCUCCACCAAUUCCUCCUCUUUUAAAUAAGCCUUUAAGUUUUGUUCCUUUCAUGAGUGGAAAUAUCCCAACAGAGGCAUCAUCUGGACAGCCAGUUUCUUCUCCCAUUAAGAUGGGUUCUCUGGAACAGAUUGAAGUUGAAAAAACCCCUAGUUUCUCAAUAGAAGAGAAAGCUUCUUGGAAAGUGUUAAAGCUUACGACUCCCUCAAAUCAUAUAAUGACACUUGAUUCACCAGAAAAGAUGAACGUAAGUACUUCUGAUGAUAAUCUUGUUAAUAUGAUUGAUUCUCUUGAAUGGAUCAAAGCCAGUAUGCCGUCUAGUUGUCAGAAGAAAAGCACUUCUGAUGCAGGAGAUGGAGAACCUCAAACUCCACCUUGCAUUAGUAAAUUAUGGGGAGUUCCUGAAGAAGUGGUGCUUGCAACACCCGACAGCUGUUAUUCAAAAUCUUCAUAUGCUUUCAAGGAAAGCAUUAUGCCACCUGUAUCUACUGCCAAUGCAAGUUACAUUGACUUCAGCCCUUAUUUGACAGAUCUGGCUGAAAGGGGUAUUGUUCCCGAGUCUCCCAUUCUUGCUUUCUCGAAGGAUGGCCAUGUGACAAGAAAUUCUCUACAGCAAGCAAUAUCUGAUUCUGUGAAUGAAAAUUCUAAUUCCCCUUCCUUUAGAAUUGUAGCAUCUUCAUGGAAAGAACCAAUCACAUAUUUGCACAAGAAGGGAAUCACUGACCACACCAUUGCUACUGGUAGAGAAGUCUGUAAGAGUCCUGAAGAUGGUAAAUUUGCUGCGCCUACUUAUGUUUCUCCAGCGAUUUUCAUGACAGGUAACAUGAAUAUUUUGCAUGAUAAUGCAGAACAGUUGAAUUUUGAGUGUCUCAAAAUUUCAAAAUCUAGUGCCAUGAAAGGACACUCUACACCACUAGUUAACUGUAAAAGUGGUAGUUGUAGUGAAGAUUGGAAUCUGAGUAGUGCUGAUGCAAAAUCAGUUCAAAAGCCUCAAAAAUUUAAACGCUUAUGCAAGUACAAAGAAUACAGUGAGGCUCAAAUCUGUGUAUCUCCAUCUAAGAUUCCUUCUGAAAGAAAUGAUAAACUUGAUAUUACCAGUGGUGUGCUAUGCGGGAACUUAAAACAUUCCAAAGGGGAAAAACAUUCAAAGAUCUCUGUCCAGUCUUUCAUUGAUGAGGAAGCAGAGGUGUCUUCUGAUGAGAAGGUAUCCACAGAUGAGGAUGAUAACAAUGACAGCAAUGAUGAAGUGUCAGAAUCAGACAGCUUUAUAGAUGACAGAUUAGAAUUCACAGCAGCACUGCCAACCCAAGCAGGGAGUGGUCAGCUUGAUAUGAUGGCAGUGUACAGACGGUCAUUGUUUACUCAAUCACCUGCUGCGCUGCAUCACCAGGCCCAUUUAUGUUGGUCAGGGGUCUAUUCUGGAAAGGAAAUCUCGGAUCAUUCAAAAAUGACUAUUGCCUCUGCAGAUACUUGUUCUGGACCAGAUGUGAUAUCCAUGGAAAACAAAUCUUCACCAAGCCCAAUGCAGGAUGCAGGCAUAAAAAACUCCUGCUCCAGUUUGUUGGGUUUUCAAAAUACAGCAGAUGAACUAACAUUUGAUCUUGACACCUGCUCAAAUAAGGAAGAAUAUAGUAAUAUAGCCAAGAAAAGAAAAUUUAUUCUUCAGAAAGUUGAUCCUACAGAAAAGUUGAACGAACUAGAUAAUCAAGUAUCAUCAACUGCAGUCAGAAAUUUGAGAGAAGAUUUUACUAUGUCUGCUAAGGAAAACACAGUCAGGGAGCCAAUGGGGUGCACUUUUGAUGAUGAUAUUUUUGAGGGUCUUGACCUUGAUGCUCUUGAGGCAGAAGCUGCUGAAAUUUCACGUUCUAGAUCAAAUAUGAAUCCUGGGACAGGUAAUUCCCAUUUGCCCAAUACUGAUACUCUAGAUGUAAUCUACUCAAUGAAGCUAGGUUCAUUUUUGAAUGAGGUGACAAACAUUGAAGGGGCAAAGAGAACCUUACUACAAGUAUCUGAUAAGCACAAUUUCAUCACUGAUGAAGGCAACAGGAAUUAUGGUUCCUCUACUAAAUUUCUCAAAGAAAGGAAGUUGGAAACUGAAAAUGAUUUGAAUAAUGAGAUCCUCUGUUCACCAUCAUUUGACCUGGGCAUAUAACUAUAGCUUAUAGGUUAUUUCCAAUUGCAGAAGGGCAGAUGUGGAUUAUUUGCUCAUCUGCAUUUAUGAAGCUUCUUAUUUAGACAUUGACAGUUAUGGGGGAGUUGUAAGUUAUUUAUAUAGAAAUUGUGUUUAGCUCUGUGUGUUGAACAUCUUUUGUAGGGAUACAUGUAGAGCAUCCAAGAAUGAACGUUCUCUUUUGAAAACUAAAGGACAUCUUCAAAUGAAUUACAUAUUUAUUCAUACUUCAAUGGAACUCGGCAUUCUGUGGCUAACAAGAUUAAUUUUUGUCUGUGCCACUCUUGCUUAAGUAAAUACAGUUUAUAUCAUGUAUUAUAUAUUUUUAUAUCAGAGUUACUGUUCUUAGAAGCGUUGAAGAUUCAUCAUGAAUAAAUUAGUUGGGAAGCAUCAAGGAAUUUAAGACUGCAGCAUGAAGAAUGUGAUGUAGUCAUCUUUGAUUAUCAGUCUUAGAUUGUUACAUCCAAACCAAACGGCCUUUGAGUAUAGCCAAUGGAAUGGAAAAUGUUCAAGCAUGUGCCAAGUAAUGAGUACAUGAAGUUUCUCUAAAGAUAUUUCCUUGUGCAUCUUAUUCUUGUAACUGGAGUGUAGCCUUUUUGUCUUU